CAAAAGAGAGCUUCGGUUAUAACGACUCUGCGCGCAGGGUAUGAAGUAAAGGUGUGACGCAUUAAAACUCAUUAAACAGCUUUAUAAGGGGAGAACGAUGUUAGUUUAACCUUAUAUCUCAGUGUGGUAGGACUUUACAUACACAUGAACAGUUGGAUAAUAAGGACACACUAUGGGUGACACCAAAAUCAGUUCCCUUUCUAACAAGCAUGUGAAGAUAAGAGAUCUACCUAUUACAUGGUUAAGGAAACUAAUCACUAUGAUUCAACUCUAUGACACUGAUAAUGAUGGACAUGGAGGCUAUGAGGAUUUCAUGACGUUAGCUGACAGAUUAAUCAAAUAUGGUAAACUCGAUGGGAAGGCUGCAGAUGACGUCAUCGAGUUUUUUCAAUCAUAUGGAUCAGCUUCAAAGGCAGGAGCUAGAUCGGAAAUAAUGGCUGCAACAGGCACGGCACAGCAAAUUCUUGCAGCAUGGAAAGCGAGGGAUAAUCCAGCUGCAGUUGAGCUAUGGCGGUCUAGAUACUCCAGAAUGUUCAAGAUAUUUGACUUGAAUUCCACUGGUUUCAUAACAUUUGACGAAUACUUGACCUUCUGGCGUAUUUUCGGCAUUGACCCACGCUUUGCAAGGAUGCAGUUCGACUACAUGGACACAGAUGCAGAUGGAAAUAUAUCAGAGGAGGAGUUUGUCGAUGCUGCCAUUGAUAACUUUUGUAACGCAGACUUGGACGCGCCGAAUCGCUUCUAUGGACCAUUAGUAAAAUAUUAA